GAUGUUCCGUUUCACUUCCUCAUGGGAUAACAAUUCUCACAUGGGCUACAUUUUUACAAAAACAGAUUUGUGGUAACGUUAACAAGCAAGGCUAAACAAAAAUCGAAAAAAUGGGUAAGAAAAAGUCUGCCAUGGGGCUCGGGAGAUCACUGAUAAAGGAGAGACUCAACGCAGGCCGAGGCAACAAGAGGGGCGAUACUUGGCUCCACACCAGUGAACUGAACGAUGGCUACGACUGGGGUCGUCUAAACCUGCAGUCAGUGACUGAACAGAGCUCUAUGGAUGACUUCCUUGCAACUGCUGAAAUGGCCGGGACAGAGUUUGUUGCAGAAAAGCUCAACAUCAAGUUUGUGGCAGCUGAAGCUCGGGCAGGAUUACUGACAGCCGAGGAGACGGCAAAGCUGAAGAAGCUGCACGAGGAGAACAAACAACUCCUCAGAAUUCCACGAAGGCCUCACUGGGAUGAAGGCACCAGUCCAGAGGUCCUCCAGCAGACAGAGAGAGACAGCUUCCUGGAGUGGAGAAGAGAACUGGCAGAGCUUGAAGAGGAGCAGAAAAUGAUUCUCACACCUUUUGAGAGGAAUUUGGAUUUCUGGAGACAGCUCUGGAGAGUGAUUGAGAGGAGUGACAUUGUUGUUCAGAUUGUUGAUGCCAGAAACCCAUUGCUAUUUCGUUGCCCUGACCUGGAGUGCUAUGUAAAAGAGGUGUCCCGGUACAAGGUGAACUUGUUGCUGGUGAACAAGGCUGACCUGCUGACCCGGCAGCAGCGGAGGAUCUGGGCCAGAUACUUCCAGAGAGAGGGCCUCCGCGCUGUGUUCUGGUCCGCACUGGUGGAGAAUGAGAGGCUGGAGGCAGAGGAGAAGGGAAUGGAAGUGGAGGAGCAGGAGGAUGAAAAGAGCGAAGCGGAGGAUGAAGACGAGGGAAUGCCAGACAACGACAAUAUGAGCCGAAGACAGGAGGUAGAGGAUAACAAGGAGAAGAAUGAGGAAGAGAGUGAGGAGGAAGAAGAUGAGGAGAGCGAUAUGGAAGGGGAGCAGUUUAAAGACUGCGUAGCAGAGGGAGACUGGCAGACGGCAUCGGAGGGUGAAGAGGCAUCAGAGGAUGAGGAGGCAGAUGACGAAGAGAGUAUAGAUGGCUCCACCCACGGCUCCUCCUUCCACAACUCCAGUCGCCUGCUGACGAAAGAUGAGCUGCUUGCCAUAUUUAAGGCGGCUCACGAUGGGCCAACAUUGAAAGAGGGCGAGCUCACAGUGGGGCUGGUGGGGUAUCCCAAUGUGGGCAAAAGUUCGACCAUCAACACCAUUCUGAGAAAUAAGAAGGUGUCCGUCUCAGUCACGCCUGGGCACACCAAGCACUUUCAGACGCUGUAUGUGGAGCCAGGUCUGUGUCUGUGUGACUGCCCUGGCCUGGUCAUGCCCUCCUUUGUGUCCACUAAAGCUGAGAUGAUGUGCUGUGGGAUCCUGCCCAUCGACCAGAUACGAGACCAUGUGCCUGCCAUCUCUCUCGUGUGUCAGACAAUUCCUCGGGAUGUGCUGGAGGGCACCUAUGGCAUCAACAUCAUCCGCCCGCGAGAGGACGAGGACCCCGACCGCAUCCCCAACUAUGAGGAGCUACUGAUGGCCUAUGGAUACAUGAGGGGCUUCAUGACAACACACGGACAACCUGACCAGUCGAGAUCAGCCCGUUACAUACUCAAGGAUUACGUCAUUGGAAAACUGCUUUACUGCCACCCUCCUCCCCACAUCAGUGCUGCAGACUUCCAGCCCCAGCACAGCAAGUUCCAGGCCGGAGAUGCAGACGGUGAAGACUCCAAGAUAGGCAACAAACCGAGCAAAGUCAAGAGGCAUGAGAAUCUGGUGGACAAGAACUUCUUCCAUCAGGAGAAUGUUCGGGCGCUCACAAAGGGGGUCCAGUCUUUCAUGGGUUACAAGGAAGGCAGCGUAGGCCAGCGUGAACUGGUAAAUCAAGGGAAACCUGGCUUAGAACAGCCUGUGGGCAAACCCUGGAAGAAGCAUGGCAACAGGAACAAGAAAGAGAAAGUACGCCGACUCACCAAGCACCUGGAUGCCUGAAGAACAUCUAUAAACUGUUAGAAAUCGCUGGUAGUUUGGAUUGUUAACCCCCAAAGGACUUUCCAAUGCAAUUACACAGGAAUUGUUAUGUAGAUACUGGUCAACAACAAUAACCUCCUUGCACUUUGCAAUAUGGAGAAACGGGGAAAGGUUGCCUUUUGAUAUCAAACAUAAUUCAGGACAGUGACAGUACAUUCCACUAUUACCAGAGCAGAGUUGGGGUCAACUCAAUUCCAGGAAUUUCUGCAACUGAGAUUGAGCCUUACUCUGAACCAGAGGAAAUUCAUUGGAGAUCAAUCAGUGAAGAUUGUUAUUUUUCAAUAAUGUUUGUUACAAGGUGCAGCCUAUUGUACUUUUCAGCAGGGGGUCUGCAAAAGUAUAUUAAAAAAAUAAAAUAAUGCUUUUUUAAAUGUCAAUGUUUUUACGAAUAUCGCUAGUAACAGAAUAUAAUUUUUUACUUACAUUCUGUUAGGGUUGCGUAAAUUCGAAUCUGGUAUCAAGAUAAAUAUAACAAUGAGUCACCGAUUUUAUACUAUGUAUUUUUUAUUAGCUAAGUAAUAAAUGGCAAAUGCAACUUUCGUAUAUACGGGCUCACUGUAAUGCCACGCAGAGCAGAACAGAGAACUGACAAGAUGUAUGUAAACAGUAUUCUUUAUACUGUGAUGGACAUAGGCCAACAGACGGGUUGGAACUAUCACAGUAGAGGCUGGGCGUGGUUUAAACUUGCCCAGCCUAUUGCAGGCGCUCAGGCGGGUCCCCGCCUCUUGGCGCUUCUUGGAGUUCUCCCUCCGUUGAUGUAUAGAUCCUUACUGUUCUAGUAUCUCAGCCUAGUUAGAACAGUUGCUCAGUUCCUGCUGUUGUGUUCAGUAUUUUUCCAUCUCAGUUAAACCUCAUAAUGACCACCCCUCCCUAUCACAACUUUGUAAGAUACAGCAAGUCACACCAUGUGCUCAAUAUUGUUACAUACAAACACAAGGACAAAGCAUCUGCUGGGCUGUUAUCUACAGUUUUGCAACAUGCAGGUCACACCAUGUUACUCAGUUCUUGUCACACACAAACAGGCAAGUAGCAAGCAGUUUAAUCUCAUAAUGAUGCUCCAGUGCACAAAUGCAGACACCUCACACAACCAACAUCAGAUUAUAUUUAAUCAUAUAUAUAUAUAUAUAUAUAUAUAUACUAAUGGCUAUAAUGUAAAACACAGGAUCCAACAAUACCUACAGUAGAAAAGAGAAGAAUAUAUUUAUGAUAAUGUCAACUUUAUUUGUCAACUCCUAAUAUUGAGCAAAUUACACUCACAUAGGAAUUGAAAAAGCACCCGUGAAUAGGCUACCAGUGCAGCUUGUAAGCUUUCUUGACUUAGACAUACAUUUUUGCCAACACAUAGCUAACCUUUCAGCGAAAACGUGUUUUGGAGUUACCUUUUGUAGUUCAUAGGUUAUUUUAGAGUUUACACUUCCACGUCCAACUAUAAUGUGGCUGCUGGUAAGCUUUUUUGAUUUGGCCAUAACGUACAUUUUUGCUAACCUUUGUUUAACCAGCUAAAGAGCUGCUCUUAGCGAAAAUGGUUCGAGUUACCUUUCUGGUAAUUAUAUUGCGGGAAGGUAAAAAAAAUUAAAAUGAAACACUACCAUAUCUAUUUAUUUUAAAAUGAAGAUUACUUCUUGCCAUUAUCAUUCACCUGAUAAGACUAGACGUCAUCUUUUUAUGGUAUGAUGGGGGACCCUGGUUCGCCGGUUUGCCCUGGGCAAGGAAAGAUUAAAGACCCCUGCUUUACAGAGAUAAUUAACUUGUUGGAUCCCCUACGAUCUACAACCCGAUUGCUACUUUGCUAUACAUUUAUUUGAAGCAACAACAAUUGUGUAAUAUCCCUGAUUAAAUAAUUAUAUAUGUUGGU